UGGACUUGGGGUUUGAGAGAACGAGAGGGUAGGAGGCAACGAGGGAGAAGAAAGUGAGCAAGAAAGAAAGAGAAGAGAGUGAGAGCGCAAGAACAAGAGCGCGAGAAUCACCGGACCUGGAAGAAAACCUCGAGAGUGUCUGUGCUUUAUCAGUCACCUCUAACCUGAGAGCGUUUUCAGUGGAUGUAAGGCGGGUCUCGCUGUGGAAAUGUGUUCGAGGAGGGCUCCAGUAACCCGGGCACGGAGAGCGUGCUGCUGCCGCUGCCUGCUGCUGAUCCUCCGCUUCCUCGCGCUCCUCUGCGUGCUGCACGGAGCAACAGGGGCAGAAGCUCCCUCAGACCCGAGCGUAGUGACUGCCUCCAGCUGGAAUGUUUCCAGGGCAGGACAGAAAGACCACUUCCUCAGACUGGAUGCUCCCAUGAACAACAUCACCACCAACUUGGGCCAGACGGCUGAGUUACACUGCUAUGUUUCAGGAAACCCCCCGCCCACGGUACGCUGGCUGAAGAAUGAUGCUCCAGUGGCGACAGAAGCACGACGUGUCUCUUAUAAACAGACAGCAUAUGGCUCACGGCUACGUAUUCGCAACCUGGACACCACCGACACCGGCUACUUUCAGUGUGUUGCCACCAACAGCUACGGCACUGUGUCUACUACGGGAAUACUCUUUGUGAAGUUCGAUCCCCUGCCAACACCCCAGCCUGGAAGGCCUUCACCUGAGGACUUUGAUGAGGAAGGCUUCUGCCAGCCCUACAGAGGAAUCGCCUGUGCUCGUUUCAUUGGGAACAGAAGCAUCUUUGUAGAUUCGCUGCAGAUGCAGGGAGAGAUCGAAACUCAAAUAACUGCUGCAUUCACCAUGAUUGGCACCUCCAACCACCUAUCAGAUCGCUGCUCUCAGUUUGCCAUCCCCUCUCUUUGCCACUUCGCCUUCCCAACAUGUGACCGCAGCUCUGGGAUAGACAAACCGCGGGACCUGUGUAAGGAUGAGUGUGAGAUUCUAGAGAAUGACCUGUGUAAGACUGAGUACAUCAUCGCCCGCUCCAACCCCCUCAUCCUCAAACGCCUCAAACUGCCCAACUGUGAUGACCUGGCCGCGUCAGACAGCCCUGAGGCAGCCAACUGCAUGAGGAUAGGAAUACCCAUGGCUGAGUCCAUCAAUAAAAAUCACAAAUGCUUCAACAGCAGCGGCUCAGACUAUCGUGGGACGACCAGUGUGACUAAAUCCGGCCGACAGUGCCAGCCCUGGAACUCGCAGUACCCUCACAGCCACAACUAUCUGGCCGUCCGCUACCCAGAGCUCAACGGCGGCCACUCGUACUGUCGUAACCCCGGCAACAAGCACGAGGCUCCCUGGUGCUUCACUCUGGACGAGAGCGUGCGCAUGGAACUGUGUGACAUCCCUCCAUGUGACUCUAAAGAAAAGCGUGGAGGCAGUGUGGAGAUCCUGUAUAUCCUGGUCCCCAGUGUGGCCAUUCCUCUAGCCAUCGCCUUGUUGUUCUUCUUCAUCUGUGUGUGCCGGAACAACCAGAAAGCCUCACGCCCUCCUGCCCAGCGUCAGCCCAAGCCUGUGCGCGGCCAGAAUGUGGAGAUGUCCAUGCUCCCUGCCUACAAGCCGAAGAGCAAGGCCAAGGAGCUUCCUCUGUCAGCUGUGCGCUUCAUGGAGGAGCUGGGCGAGUGCAACUUUGGCAAGAUCUACAAGGGUCAUCUGUAUCUUCCAGGCAUGGAGCACGCUCAGCUGGUGGCCAUCAAGACUUUGAAGGACUUCUCCAGCCCACAACAGUGGGGGGACUUCCAGCAGGAGGCGUCAGUCCUGUCUGAACUCCACCACCCUAAUGUGGUGUGUCUGCUAGGCGUGGUAACCCAGGAGCAGCCCGUCUGCAUGCUUUUUGAGUUCCUGGCCCUCGGAGACCUUCACGAAUUCCUCAUCAUGCGCUCCCCACACUCGGACGUGGGUUGCAGUAGUGAUGAGGAUGGAACCGUAAAGUCCAGUCUGGACCAUGGAGACUUCCUGCACCUAGCCACUCAAGUAGCAGCAGGGAUGGAGUACCUGUCCAGCCACUUUUUUGUCCAUAAGGACCUCGCAGCCAGGAACAUACUGGUAGGGGAACAGCUACACGUGAAGAUCUCUGACCUGGGACUGUCCAGGGAGAUCUAUGCAUCUGAUUACUACCGUGUCCAGCCUAAAACCCUGCUUCCCAUACGCUGGAUGCCUCCGGAAGCCAUUGCGUACGGCAAGUUCACCACAGACUCUGAUAUUUGGGCAUUUGGGGUGGUGCUCUGGGAGAUUUUCAGCUUUGGCCUCCAGCCCUAUUAUGGCUUUAGCAACCAGGAGGUGAUGGAGAUGGUGCGCAAGAGGCAGCUUUUACCAUGUCCUGAGGAUUGCCCUCCACGUAUGUAUGCUCUAAUGACCGAAUGCUGGCAGGAGGGUCCCGCCCGGAGGCCCAGGUUUAAAGACAUCCAUGCCCGUUUGCGUGCCUGGGAGGGUCUGUCAUCUCAUGCAAGCUCCAGCACCCCAUCCGGGGGCAAUGCCACCACCCAGACCACCUCUCUCAGCGCCAGCCCAGUCAGCAACCUCAGCAGCCCGCGCUAUGCUGGCUACAUCUAUGGGGCUCCCCAAGGGCUACCUCCAGGCCAGAUCGCAGGCUUCAUGGCAGCGCCAAUAUCGCAGAACCAACGUUUCAUUCCUGUUAACGGCUAUGCAAUUCCACCAGGCUAUGCUGCGUUCCCAGCUGCCCACUUUGCCCCAACUCAGGCGCCAACCCGGGUGGUCCAGCACUGCCCUCCACCCAAGAGCCGCUCACCCAGCAGUGCCAGCGGCUCGACCAGCACCGGUCAUGUGACCAGCGUGCCUUCAACAGGCUCCAACCAUGACGCCAAUACUCCAUUGCUCUCUCACUGCGUGGCUCUGACCGCCAUGCCGGCCGUGCAGGGUGGCGCAGUGCCCAUGUUUGGACACAUGCCACAGAAGGGGUUGCCGCUGGACCCAGCUCAAGCGGCACUGCUGGCCGACUCCAACAGACUCAUGUACAGUGAAUCGGUCAUCACCGCCGACUUGUAAAUUUUCCUUUUGUAAAUGAUUAUAAUUAUUGAUAUUUUUAAAAAUGUUCCUCUUUCACUUUGUAAAUACA